AUGACAAUUGAUCCAAAUACAAUAUCGGCGGCAACUACUCCAUUUGCACUUAUCGACGAAUACAGUGCUAUUCAAACUGAAAAGGAAAUCCUCUUUUCAAUGCAUACUGUUUUUCGUGUCGAUGAUAUCAAACAAUUAGUUAGCAAUAGUCGUCUGUGGGAAGUUCAAUUGACUCUCACCGGCGACAAUGAUCCACAAUUAGCUGCUCUUACUAAAAUCAUACAAAAGGGUCUCUGUGGAUCCACCGGAUGGCAUCGAAUGGGAGCUUUGAUGAUCGAAGUGGGCCACUAUAAUCAAGCUGAAGAACUCUAUAAUGGAUUACUCAAAAACGCUUCCAGUGACGGUGAUAAAGCACAUAUUUAUCACCAGCUUGGAUUUUUAAAAAACGCUAAAGGACAAUACCAAGAAGCAGUUGCGUUUUAUGAAAAAUCAGUGAAGAUCGAGAGCAAAACUCUUUCGGAAGACCAUUCUUCAUUGGUUCCUACCUAUACUAACAUCGGUGCAGUGUAUAAGAACAUGGGUGACUACUCGAAAGCACUUGAAUUUUACGAAAAAUCACAUAAAAUCCUCGAAAAAGCUCUGCCUCCGAAUCAUCCCGAUUUGGCUGGUUCCUACAGCAACAUCGGUCAAGUGUAUAACAACAUGGGUGACUACUCGAAAGCACUUGAAUUUUACGAAAAAGCACAUAAAAUCUACGAAAAAGCUCUGCCUUCGAAUCAUCCCUCAUUGGCUACUUCCUACAGCAACAUCGGUGGAGUGUAUGACGACAUGGGUGACUACUCGAAAGCACUUGAAUUUUAUGAAAAAGCACUUAAAAUUAAAGAAAAAGCUCUGCCUCCGAAUCAUCCCAAUUUGGCUACUUCCUACAAUAACAUCGGUCUUACGUAUGACAACAUGGGUGACUACUCGAAAGCACUUGAAUUUUACGAAAAAUCACAUAAAAUCUACGAAAAAGCUCUGCCUCCGAAUCAUCCAGAUUUGGCUACUUCCUACAACAACAUCGGUGGAGUGUAUAAGAACAUGGGUGACUACUCGAAAGCACUUGAAUUUUACGAAAAAUCACAUAAAAUCUACGAAAAAGCUCUGCCUCCGAAUCAUCCCGAGUUGGCUACUUCCUACAACAACAUCGGUCAAGUGUAUAACAACAUGGGUGACUACUCGAAAGCACUUGAAUUUCACGAAAAAGCGCAUAAAAUCUACGAAAAAGCUCUGCCUCCGAAUCAUCCCGAUUUGGCUACUUCCUACAACAACAUCGGUCUCGUGUAUAACAACAUGGAUGACUACUCGAAAGCACUUGAAUUUUAUGAAAAAGCACUUAAAAUUAAAGAAAAAGCUCUGCCUUCGAAUCAUCCCUCAUUGGCUACUUCCUACAGCAACAUCGGUCUAGUGUAUGACAACAUGGGUGACUACUCGAAAGCACUUGAAUUUUACGAAAAAGCACAUCAAAUCUACGAAAAAGCUCUGCCUCCGAAUCAUCCCGAUUUGGCUACUUCCUAUAACAACAUCGCUUCGAAUUGUAUUUCACGACAAAUUGCCCAUGGACUUCUUAUUCAUUUACAAUUACAUGUUACUAUGGCAUCAUCAAAGGAUCAAUCACUUUUGGAUAUUUAUUCUACACAAUUAACAAAUUUUAUUAUUGUAUCAUUAUUUGAAUUACGAUUAAUUGAUCCAUUUAUUGUUACAUUUCGAGCAUUAACAAACAGAAAAACUAUUAGGAAUAAUUUAUUAAAACCAAAUACAUUAUCAUUAACAUCGUUAAAAUUCUUCGUACACUUAUAUAUAUUUGUAUUACCGGUAGUCGAAUCAAUUGUUUGUCUUCAUAUUGAAAAGAUGGUAGGACUUGAAGAACAAUCAUUAAAUUCACAAUUAGUACCUAAAUAUUUACCAUUAAUUUUACAAAUAUUAUUAACAACGAAAAACAAAUAA